AUGAAGGAAGAUGUUGAGACGUACUCUCCCAAAGGAGUUCUUGAGGACUAUUUUAGGAGCUCGGAUUCUGAAACAAGCUCUUCCAAAGAGCCAACUGCGGACUCUGAAAAUCACCAAAAUUCAAAACCAACUUCUCGGUGGCAUGGACUUGUGAAAUUAUUGAGAACUAAAUCCAAGAAACCCAUAGCCACAACAAUGCAUCCUCUCAUGAAAUUCUCAAAAAGAAUGAGCAGUAGUAUGCGUGAGAUUAUAACCCCGAAGUUUCAGUCAGUUAUUGAUGAUAUGUACCCUUUCAAGUCACCAUGGAAGAACUUCUCCCUCUAUGAGCUCCAGGCUGCCACCAAGUCUUUCAGCCACGAAAAUCAGAUUGGAAAGGGGGGUUAUGCUGAAGUUUACAAGGGCUGUCUACCAAAUGGACAACUUGUGGCAAUCAAACGGCUAACCCGGGGAACACCGGAAGAGAUUACCGGGGACUUCUUAGCAGAGAUUGGGAUCAUGGCUCAUGUGAAUCAUCCAAAUACUGCCAGGUUAAUUGGGUAUGGGGUUGAAGGAGGGAUGCACUUGGUUCUGGAAUUGUCUCCAAAAGGGAGCUUAGCUUCUGUGCUUUAUGGUUCAAAGGAGAAGCUUGAUUGGGGGAUCAGGUAUAAAAUUGCAUCAGGUGCAGCUAGGGGUUUACAAUAUCUUCAUGAGGGCUGUCAAAGGAGAAUUAUCCACAGAGAUAUUAAGGCUGCAAAUAUUUUGCUAACAGAGGAUUUUGAGGCCAAGAUUUGUGACUUUGGUCUUGCAAAAUGGCUACCAGAGAAAUGGACUCACCACACUAUAUCAAAAUUUGAGGGCACAUUUGGUUAUCUUGCUCCCGAGUUCCUACUGCACGGCAUAGUAGAUGAAAAAACUGAUGUUUUUGCCUAUGGUGUGGUGCUGUUGGAACUAGUCACCGGACGCCGAGCACUAGAUUACUCUCAGCAAAGCCUUGUUUUGUGGGCAAAGCCCUUGCUGAAGAAGAAUGAAGUUAAAAGCUUAGUCGAUCCUUCUCUAAGAGAUGAGUACAACACUCGGCAGAUGAAUCUCGUAUUGCUGGUUGCUUCUGCAUGCAUACAACAGUCCUCAAUACGAAGGCCAAGUAUGAAUCAGGUGGUACAACUUUUGAGUGGAGAUCUUAGCAGCUUGAAGUGCAUGAAGAAAAGCCGAAUGUCGUUUUACCGGAAAGCAUUUCAGGAUGAGCACAUCAACACAGAAGACCAUGUCCAACCAAGAAUUAAAGGACCUUAA